UCGCUUAUCCCACAUUUAGUCAUACUCUCUCACGCCAACCUCGUCCUAAUCAAGUCCCCCUUCUCUUCCAUUUCCAUGUACCUCUUACUCCCUCACUGACCAACUCCACCGCCACCAAACCAAAUCCCUACUCUUUCACCGCCAUGUCGGCCGAUCAAUUUUUCCGGCGGGGGUUGCUUGUCUUUCUAUUCUUUUUCAGCCUGACAUCUUUCUCCAAAUCCGACGAACUCCAGCCACUUCUAGAAUUCAAGUCUGCUCUACAAAAAUCAAACCCCAAUGUUUUCAGUUCGUGGACGCCAGGUAACUCCACAUGCAGCUUCACCGGAAUUGUCUGCAACUCCGAUGGGCUUGUCGCAGAAAUCAAUCUCCCCCAACAAAAUCUAUCUGGGCUUCUUCCAUUUGAUUCAAUAUGCAAGCUUCAGGCGCUAGAGAAACUCUCUCUGGGGUACAAUUUUUUGCAUGGUAGCAUCUCUGAGGACUUGAAGAAUUGUACUAGUUUGCAACAGCUAGAUUUGGGUUGGAAUUCAUUUUCCGGGGAAGUGCCUGAUUUGUCUUCUUUAAGCAAAUUGAAGCGAUUGAGUUUAAACAACAGUGGGUUUUCUGGGCAAUUUCCAUGGAAAUCGUUGGAAAAUCUUACGAGUCUCUCUUUCUUAAGCAUCGGCGACAUUGUGUUUGAAAAAAGUCCUUUCCCUGUGGAGGUCUUCAAGCUCGAGAAAUUGUACUGGCUUUACCUGUCAAACUGCAGCCUCGAAGGACGAAUGCCAGAGGGUCUAGGAAACCUUACUCUGCUCGAAAAUAUUGAGCUUUCCUGGAACCAAUUUUCCGGUGAAAUCCCCGGCGAUAUUGUAAAACUCAAGAAUCUUCGGCAACUCGAGCUUUACACUAAUUUCUUGACCGGAACGCUGCCGCCGGGAUUGGGAAAUCUUACGAGUCUUGUAAAUCUUGAUGUGUCGAAUAAUAGCCUCCAUGGAAAUAUAUCUGAGUUGAGAUUCUUGCCGAACAUUACUUCUAUACAUCUCUAUGAGAAUCAGUUCACUGGGGAGAUUCCUGAAGAGCUUGGGGAGUUCAAGCUUGUGGACUUAUCAAUCUACAGGAACAAAUUUACGGGUCGUCUUCCUCAAAAGCUUGGCUCCGGCGGCGACUUUGUUUACAUUGAUGCUGCGGAGAAUUUUUUCACGGGUCCUAUACCGCCGGACAUGUGCAAGAAUGGCAAAAUGAUUAAACUGCUUCUGCUACAGAACGGGUUCACCGGUGGAAUCCCAGAAAACUACGCGAAUUGCUUGUCUUUGGAUCGGAUACGAGUAAAUAACAAUUCCCUUUCCGGUGUUGUUCCGGCGGGGAUAUGGAGGUUGCCGAACUUAUCCAUAAUUGAUCUCGCUAUGAAUAAUUUUGAAGGUCCCCUGCCGUCCGAUAUCGGAGAAGCAAAAUCUCUUGCACAAUUACAUCUGGUUAACAAUCGCUUCUCUGGGGAAUUACCCUUGACAAUUUCCGAAGCUUCAUCGUUAGUUUCAGUGCAGCUGAGUUCAAAUCAAUUUUCCGGUCAAAUCCCGGCAACAAUUGGUGGGUUGAAGAAACUAAACAGUUUUAAUUUAGAUGGUAACAUGUUUUCUGGGUUUAUCCCGGAGUCAUUAGGCUCGUGUGUUUCCCUGUCAGACAUAAACCUCUUCGGGAAUUCACUUUCCGGCAAUAUUCCGGCGAGUCUGGGAUAUUUGCCUACUCUCAACUCGUUGAACUUGUCAAAUAACAAACUUUCCGGUGAAAUUCCGAACAGUUUGUCAUCACUGAGAUUGAGCCUUCUUGACCUGUCAAACAACCAGCUGACUGGCCCAAUACCGGCGUCUCUGUCCAUCCAAGCUUUCGACACCAGCUUCAAUGGAAAUCCAGGAUUAUGCAGCCAGAAUUUGGAGCAUUUCCAGCGAUGUUCAUCAGGUUCCAGCACACCCAGCCACGUCCGGACGCUGAUACUCUGUUUUACUGCCGGAGCUUUGAUUCUGUUUGCUUCGCUAGCAUUUUUCCUAUGCGUUAAGCUAAGACCUAAUAAUCUUGAAACUCCAUUGAAGCCUAAUUCUUGGGAUAUGAAGCGGUAUCGCUUGCUAAGCUUUACUGAGAAAGAGAUCAUCGACGCCAUCAAAACAGAGAAUGUGAUUGGGAAAGGAGGGUCAGGGAAUGUGUACAAGGUUAUGCUUGCAGAUGGGAAAGAGCUUGCUGUGAAGCACAUAUGGAUAUCGGAUUCUGGUGACCGGAAAAGUUACCAGAGCAGCUCGGCUAUGCUGACAAAAAGGAAUUUCCGGUCAGCAGAGUAUGAAGCAGAGGUGGCAACAUUGAGCUCAGUGAGGCAUGUGAACGUGGUGGAUCUCUACUGCAGCAUCACCAGCGAAGACAGCAAUCUGCUGGUUUAUGAGUACUUGCCGAAUGGGAGCUUGUGGGAUCGGCUGCAUACAUGUAAGAAGAUUGAGAUGGGAUGGGAGGUGAGAUAUUUGAUUGCCUUAGGGGCUGCAAGGGGAUUGGAGUAUCUUCACCAUGGCUGUGAUAGACCAGUGAUCCACCGUGAUGUGAAAUCCAGUAAUAUUUUGCUGGAUGGGGAUUGGAAGCCAAGGAUUGCUGAUUUUGGAUUAGCUAAGAUUUUGCAGGCUGGUGGUGGAGGGGAUUGGACCCAUGUCAUUGCUGGCACACUUGGAUACAUGGCUCCUGAAUAUGCAUACACAUACAAGGUGAAUGAGAAGAGUGAUGUGUACAGCUUUGGGGUAGUUCUAAUGGAGCUGGUGACCGGAAAGAGGCCAAUUGAGCCAGAGUUUGGAGAGAACAAGGACAUAGUCUGCUGGGUACAAAGCAAAAUGAAUAGCAAGGAGAGUUUGUUUGGCCUGGUGGACAAAAUCAUUUCAGAGGCUCUAAAGGAAGAAGCAAUGAAGGUGUUGAGAAUAGCAAUCCACUGCACAGUAAAAACUCCAAGCCUAAGACCCUCCAUGAGAAUAGUAGUUCAGAUGCUGGAAGAGGCUGAGCCACGCAAACUUACAGACAUUGUUAUCAAUAAAGAAUGCCCAGAUCAUAGUUCGAAUGAGAGGUUGAAGAACACUGGCAUGAUCUGAUCCCUUGAAUUUGAAAGUUAAACAAAGUUAGAAAUUGUUUCUCCUUGCUGAGAAAACAAAGAGAGAGAGCCUUGGAAUAGUUGUUCAGAUGUAUCAUUUUUAGUCGAUCUCUGCUCAUAAGAGACAGAAGAGAGACUUUGCAUUGUGCUGUAUAGACAAUAAUUAAGCAAGUUGUUGCAUCAUCAAGGUGCUUUUUGCUUUUAUUUGAUUAGCAAAUUAAGUACAACUCGAACUACUUGCCGUUAGAAUAUACAUUACUAGAUUAAAUUAACCAUCCUAUCAGUUAAGUUUUUGUAAUAAGUGGUGAUUUAACAUA